UACACGAGCGGUAGGCAGUACCGAACAGAACCCCUUGAGGGGCGAGGAGGACGCGGUGGUACCGUGUUGUAGCGACUUCUUAAGUGAACCAUUGAACUACCAUUUGUGGAUAGGCACAGAAGCUUUUUAGAGCUAAGAUCAGUAGUUUUGUAGCUCUCGCUGGUAGAAGAAUUAUAUAGUUUUGAGCAUAGUUUUGACUCUUCGUCUGUGUGUUGAGAAGUUUUGAACUUUUUUCCAGUAUAUCACUGCCAACAGUAUCCAGUUAGUUGAUGUUCCACAUUGAGAUUGUCUGAAAAAACUGCGCUGACUCAACCCAAGAGACAACAAGAUCAAAUCACCGCAUCGUAAAUAGUAAAACAUCUUGACAGGAUCGUGGAUUAUUCACUCACAUUCUCUUCAGUGAAUCAUUUGUGUCAUUAGGCCAAAUCUGAAAUAUUUCUGGCUUUCAUCACAGUAGCACAUUUCCGCACAAAAGACAACAAAGUGGUUUGGCCACUAUCUAAAGCAGGAUCUCUCCACACCAGGAUCGCACACGAGACUUUGCCGGAAAAUCCCGUGAAUCCUUCCGUAACGGAGAUAAAGAUCAAUUUUUACGCAAGUUCACCAAAUAAAACCUGAUCAAAAUGUUUGCUAUAAUGCAAAUAGAUAACGACGUUUCUCGCGAUCAGUUCAGGAGAAAAAUGAGAGCCAAGUGUGAGUUUGUGUGCAAAUAUUGUCAGAGGAGGUUCACCAAGCCUUACAACCUCAUGAUCCAUGAAAGAACCCACAAAAGCCCCGAACUGACCUUCAGCUGUGCGAUCUGCGGUAAAAGCUUUAAAAGGCAGGACAAUCUGAAGCAACAUAGAUGUAAUCAGUGUGUAUGGCGAUAAGGUGGUGAAUACCUUCUAUGGUGAAAAAGGGCUUAAAGGUGCUCUUUCUAUUUACAAUGACAAUUCAUUACCCAUGUUCCAGCCCAACUUUUACGCAUUAUAAUAGAUACUAGUUUUCACGUAACGUAUUUAAUGGUUAAUCUGUGGUCUUAAUUCCAUGUAAUUACAUACUACAAUUAAUUAAUUAAUUCAGAUCUAAACUAACAUUAAACAGUAUUUUGAAAUAUAGUGAGGUAAGUAAAUUAUUGGGAAACACUUGGGUAAGAACUAAAAUAAUAAAAUUUAUAAUUUAAGUCAAUGUUCCCACAGUGGCGAAAUUGAAUAGAAGUUUAGCAAAAACGUGUUGCCAAUAAUAAUUAUUCAGGCCUGAUGCGGUGCCUUUUUUUAAAUUACUUUAAAUCAGUAGCGAUUUUAUACUGACGCUUAAAAUGAAAUUUAAAGUCCAAGUGUUUCUAUAGUUUAUAAUAUUUGUUAUUUAUUUUUUGUGUAUAUAAAUUAUUUCAUACUUUUAUAUUAUUUUGAGUCUUAUUUGUGUAACUGUGACCUAACUGUAUUGAACUAAAGGACUAAUAGUGUCUAAGAAAACAUCAAAUACGUAUGUUCUUCCAGUUUUCUUAGUAAGUUUUUUAUUAAACUUUUGCUUCAAAGUUUACAAAUAUAGCUUGUCAUGAAACUAAAAAAUGACUAGUAGUGCCAGUUUACAUUAACACAUUUAUAUCUAAUUUGUGAUUUAAAUGGUACAUUGACGGUAUGUUGUGCAAUUAUUUUGAACUUUGUUAAUUCAGAGUUUCUGUUAGUACAUUUAUUGUCAUCAGAUUUUAUGUUCCAAUUCCUUUACACUAGUUUUAUACAAAUAAGUAAAACCACGUGAGAUAAUAUGUGAUGUGUGUGUGAAAGUGAUUUCCAAAAUUUUUAAGUUUUAAUUGGAACUAGUUUAGAUUGUUUGUCUUUAGAUUUAGUUUUUCUUUUGGCUGAAACAUUGAUGAUCACAUUUUUAAUAAAUGUUGUAGUUCUAUUAAAUGAGUCUAGUGUUAUAUACAGGGUGGUUUUAUACACCCGGUAUAGUUCAAAAUAACAGAAACAAAUACUUUGGCAGCGACAACCACAACUUUUAUAUGAACUUUAUUUUUCAGUCGCUAUUACUGUACGAUCUAAGAGGGGGUUUCGUUUCGCUGACUCACCCUGUAUAUAAGCAAUACCAUUUAGCAUAAAAUAAAGUAAUUCCCACAAUUUUCAUGCUCCGUAUAAACCUAGGUCCAUUUUAAUGAUGUUUUUCAAGGUUCAUUAAGUUUUGUUUCGGUUUAUAAUUUUAUAAAAUUAAUGUAGCUUUAUAAAAGUAAGCAAAACCAUUUGGUAUAAAAUAAAGGAAUCUACAAAAAUUUCAAAGUCUAGCUAAUCCUACUUCCAUUUUAUUGAUGCUUUGCACCUUUUGCUUUAGUCUUUGAAUUUGGAAAUUGUAUAUUUUUUGCCAGAGGCAAAAACAUAUUUCAGUUAAUAUACGGGGUGGCGUAAAUUUAAUCUACCAAACUUUAAAGUGAAAGUGUACAAUUGUACACUUUAGGUCGUCAACUUCGCUAGGCCACACUUUUGAACUAUAGUGCAUAUGUUUUUCAGAAAAAGCAUGAAAUGUGCCGUUGAACUGUCUCAGAUUAAAUCAUUGGACCACCCUGUACCCAACAUGUGUAGUUGGAUCCUUGCGCAACCGAUGCGGUAAAGUGUUUUACAAUGACGUGCAAUAAUGCUUAUGUAAAUCAUUUUCGCAAUUUAUUAGCUCUUCCUUUAUUAUGUAAUGUAUUUUUGCGCGAGAUUUAUAACUAGUUUAUUAAUGCAUAGGUAGGCUUAAGUUUCCGCAAAAUAAAAAUAAUCAAAACUCAA